AUGCCCGAAAUUAGCGGAAAGGAAGUCGGCCCUAUUGGCUUUGGCCUCAUGGGAUUAACCUGGCGAGCAACGCCGCCAACGCAAGAACAGGCCUUUGCGGCUAUGAGCGCUGCAAUCAAGAAUGGAUGCACCUGUUGGAACGGCGGUGAAUUUUAUGGCCCGCCCGAUUAUAAUAGCCUCGUUCUUCUAGAGCGGUAUCUAGAAAAGUACCCCGAAGAUGCUGACAAGAUCGUCCUGAAUAUCAAGGGCGGAGCCAACCCCCAAACCCACCAGACCGACGCCUCACCGGAGAAUACGCGCCGUAGCCUGGAUGACUGCAUUGUGCAGCUGAAGGGCCGCAAGAAGAUCGACAUAUUUGAAUUCGGCCGUCGGGACCCGGCGGCCCCUCUAGAUGUGACGUUUGGGCUCAUUGAGAAGGAGUAUAUCCAAACCGGCAAGAUCGGAGGCAUUGCGCUCUCCGAGGUGCGGGCGGAGACCAUCCACGAAGCUGUUAAACACACCAAGGUCGUCGCGGUGGAGGCUGAGCUCUCCUUGUUCUCCACCGACAUCCUGGAAAAUGGCGUCGCAGCGGCCUGCGCCCAGUACGGGAUUCCAAUCAUCGCCUAUUCUCCUAUCGGCAGAGGCAUGUUGACCGGUCAAUUCAAGAAAUUCGACGACCUCCCGCAAGACUCGUUGCUGCUCUCUUUCAACUUCCCACGCUUCCGGCGGGAGAACUUUGAGAAAAACGUGCAGCUAGUAGAGAAGGUCGAGGAGAUCGCCAAGAAGAAGGGCUGUACUCCCGCGCAGCUCGCGAUUAAUUGGACAAGAGCGCUCUCUCGACGUCCGGGGAUGCCCACGAUUAUUCCUAUUCCUGGCGCCACCACUGCGGAACGGGUUGAGGAGAACAGCAAGCUAAUUGACAUUACGGAUGCGGAGAUGGCCGAGAUUGACGAUAUCCUGACCAAGUUCACCCCAGCAGGUGGUCGGUACCCCGAGAUCUUCCAGGUCAACACCUAA